AGGCCAGGGGCGGCAGUGCGGGUUCUGGGGGCGGCGAGGGCGGCUGCCUCCGUUGAAGUAACCCCUUGGCGACAACGGCACACGGCUCGCGAUUUCGCAUAAAGUCACCACCGCGUUCGAGCCUGGCCCGGGGUCCGAGAUUCAUCAGGCACCAACGCCUAGUGUAAGAAGACCUCGUCGAAAAUACCAACCGAUCCCCCCGAUAUUACAUCGUCCCCACUCAUUCAGUUUCCUCUGUGACAUCCGGUCGCUUCCUUCGGGAUGGGAUUCGGACACGUUCCUGGGGCGCGGGUCGAUUUGACCCAGGUGUCUAAUACGGGAUCUGCACGAGGGCAUCACGUUUAUCGAUAUGCAGCAGCUGUUUCCACCAUUUUUUUUCUUAGUCUGAUUCUUGUUCAAUUUUUUUUUUUUUUGAAUUCCAUAAGAAGGUCGUUUAUGCUCUAUUCCGUUUUUUGAUCGAAGAAAUUUUUUAUUUGGCAGAUGAAUAUCGAAAGUGUCGUUUUUUCUGAUUUUUCGGGAUGGUGCUGAAUUUUUGAAUAUCUACUUUCAAGAUUUUUAACGAAAUUACGGUAACGUUUGAUUGUGUAUUGCUGAAACGUUGGAAACCUUAGAUACGCGAGUAUCUCAAGUGUUAAGGUAUACAGGUAGCUUCGACCCAGAUAUUAGCCAGCUUUUGCUAUACAAAACGUCAAAUAGAAUUAUGUAAAUUUGAUAUACGUCAUUUGAAUCGUUUUACUAGCUAUAAAGUAUAGUGCCACGAUAAAGAGGAGAUUACAUUUGAAAUCAGAGCAUAAAUUACCAAAAAUACGAAUCCCUACGGUAUCCACGAAUAGUAUUGAACUUUUUUUUAAAUACUUGAAAAAAAAAAACUAGAAAAAAAAUGUGCAUAACCUUCAUCGAAGAUAUUCGCAAAUUUUCGGCGAGAUAAAUAAAAAUGUCUGCCAUAAAGAGUCUACCCGUUAAAUCCCAUGAUAAGGUUAUCCCAAUUAUCCCUGUGUCUCGAUAAAAACAGAUAAAACGGGAUAAGCUCAUCUGCAAAUCACGUUACUGACAAUCGAUUCACCCGAUAAGUACUUUUGAUUCGGUAACCCAUAUUACACCUGACAGUAGCCAUACCUACGACAUGUCUCUGAAAACUCAAAUUAAAGUUCAGACUGUAAUCGCACUAUCUGUAAGUAUUAGAUAUUUAUGAAUUGCAUAUAGUACGUACGUGAUAAUAAAACAGUGGGUCUGACUUGGUAAACGAAAAUUUUUAAUUUUUUAUCUUUGACAAGUAGCUAAAAUUAUGUAUUUUCAGCAAUGCCUCUAAAAUCCAAUAUACAUCUAUACAAUCUAAUACAGCUCGAGCCUCGAAGCCUAACCUAGAAGUUUCGUAGUCCGAAGAUUUAAGAGGGAUAGGUUGGCCAACAUUAACUAUGGAGUGCCCGGAAGCGGUGGAGAGGGGCAGAAACUUUCGUCUACUCACCGCGGAAGAAUUGCCGAAACUUUUGGACUUCCUUACGGGAUAUUUACCAGAGUCCCUGAAGCCCCACGGAUUGCAGUACGAGAGCGUGGGCGUCUUCUGUCCAGGUGAUCGAUUAGACCUGCUGCGUCUUCUGCGAGAGGAGGACGUACUUCUGGACUGGUCCAGGCCACUCUACAUCAACUUCACCCACUGCGACAUAGUCGACGAGCUGGUGAGGCUCUACAAGGACACGGGUACGGUCGAGCGGGUCCUGGGUGACAUCUGGGCCUGCGAGGAGCCCGAGAAGACGAUCCAGGUCGAGGACGACCUGCCGGCGAACCCGGAUGUCCAGGUGGGACCGCUGAGCGCGGAGCACGCCGAAGGAAUUCACGAGCUGUAUCCGGCGAACGACAUGGAGUGCCACGAGCUCUUCCUGAGACUGAUCAGGACCCUACCGGCGGCUGGAGUCUUCGACAAGGGCAGUCUGGCCGCGUGGAUGGUCCAGUCCUACUACGGGGCCAUGUUCUCCAUGCAGACGAAGCCGGAGUACCGAAGGAAAGGAUACGGCACGAGAUUAGCAAGGUACCUUACCAAACGCGUAGCCGACAAGGGUUACAACCCCUUCGUCGUGAUACGUCCAGAGAACGAGGCCAGUCAGAGCCUCUACAGGAAGUUAGGAUUUAAGAAACUCUAUCAGACGGUCCGAGCGACGUUCACGCCGUUCUCGUGGCAGGAACCGGAAGAGGAAGCCAGUUGCAUCCUGAGGGAUAACCUGGAGAACGCUGUCAGACAGCUCAAGGUCGAGCAGAGGGUCAUCGAGGCGCUUAAGGUCAACGAGGACACCACCGUAACGGCUGACCUCGACAGCAAGGACGAUAACGAGGGCGAAGACGCGAUACGGGGUACCUCAGAUUCGCCAGAAGACGCCGACGUGGUCGCUGAGAACGACGACGGGAUCAUCGCCGAGAAUGGUCUUCAGGGUUACGGAAGGGAGGAGGAGAAUCUCGAACCCAUAGAGGAGCAACCGGAAGACAGGAUAAACGGACUGGACUCGCCGGAGAAAGAGGCGACAAACGAGAGGGGAGUGGAGAGCUCACCGGAAGUCGAGGACAGCAACGAGGGCGACGGAGGAACGGAGACGAACGGCGGUGGGAAUUAAGUUCAAAUCACUAUUAAACUAUACCGACACAGGAGAAACACAUUAAUUAAUUUAUUAAUUAAUUAAACAACAUUCGUUUAAAUAUCUGCUUGCUUGACACCCGCGACGGCAGCAGCGAUACUCGAGGAAAUUCCGAGGACAAAACAAAAAUUAAAAGGUUAACACGAGGAUGAGGUAGGAAUAAUUAAAAAAAAAAAAUUAUAUUACACAUAUACACUUAAACACACAAACGCGGGCAGAGUACGAAAAAAAUGGAGAAAAGCAAAGUUAAAAGAGAUAUGAUAUUUUAAGAAAUCGUCAAACUCGAAAGGAACCACCACAGUCCCAAGUUAGCGCGCUGAAUUCAAAUGGGUCGGGAAUUUUUAAAUUCUAUUUUUCUUCCCUAUCUCCGCUAUCCCUCGCUCGCGCCAUCUUUCGCACCGUCAACUCUCUUCCGGUAUCUCUGCGAUCCACGUGACCCACGUCACUCUCUCCGCGUGCCUAGUUCCUCAUAUCAUAUUUUUAAAGCGUCGCCAAGUACGUUGCUUAGGACCAAGAGAGGACGUGCGUCCCGCGCCAUUGGCUAUCGAGAAGUAAGGCCAAGCGGAAACGCAAGCGCGUGUCGAACGGAUCCGAGUGAUUUCCCAAUGGCGUGGGAAGUCGCUGAAAGGUGAACGCGUAGAUUUUACAAUCAAACUGAAUCCGCUGUAGCAAACAUUACAUGUUCUUCGUAAAAUUUCAUUGUCACGAAAUUCCAUCACGAUCCACGAAUUACAGGAGCAUUUUAUUAGCGAAUAAAUAUCCCAUGAUGCAGCUCGAUAUUAUUGUCAUCGUAUUAGCAUACGCGUCGAUACGAAUUUUUAUAAUUCAGUACGGACGAUUAAGCAAACUGUGAUUUAUUGUUUUGCUGCGAAAUACGUAGAGAGGAAAAUGAAUUUACGAACUUCUCGCGCCAACCUGGGACACGCUAAUACCGUACUAUGUAAGAGGCUAUAUCGUCAUGUCGGUUGGGACGUAUAAGACUUAACCUCAAAAUUCAAAAGAACCUUAUUUCCCUGCACGCGAACCCUGGUCGUGCCUCGUCACGAUACGAGGAUUAAUAGAAGAAAAGGUUGAGAUUAUUUGAACAGAGCUUCCCUUCUGGUCGCGUCGAUAUCGUUAUCGAGCUGUACCACCGCAGGCACAGCGAGCGAAGGGAGAGACGUGAAAAAAAAUUAUUUCUUGCUAUACCAGUGGACCGAUAGAAAAAUUUAGUUCCACGAUGAAUUUCAGGUUAGGAUAACAAUCACGAAGUUCUUGAAUCAGUAUCUCCUUGUAUCGGAGGAUCGAUUAAGGAGACGUACUAAAUUAAUAAUAUCGAACGGUCGUGACUUGACGAUUAAAAUUUCGUUCGAUUGUUUCACUGACACCCUGUAUAAUUCGUUAUCGGUUGUUUGUAGAAUUGAUAUUGAUAAGACGUUAUCGGGUUGAUGGAUUUCUUUUUUUAAAUUAUUAUUACACGGUAUCGAUUAUACGAGGAAUCGGCAUGAUGAUAUAUGACGCAGGAUUAACGAUAAUAAUAACAUUAAUAAUGACAAGAAUAGUAUUAAUAAUAUUAUUAAUGAAUAUUAAUUACCGCGCAAAGGGAGCCUGGACGGCCCGACUCGUAUCGCCGACUCUCAAUUUAGAUUCUAGAUAGGUAUACUACGUAUAUAAUUUUUUCUACGUUUCUUAGCGAUAUAACCCGAUCGUCGGGACACGUGAACGGGAACUUGAAGGUAUAUCGGGAACUUCACGGGAUUGAGUCGGGCCCCGAAGAAGGGCUCCACGAAGGCCGCCCAGUCCCUCUUUAUUUUUUAUUUUUAACGUUCGGGGGCCAGCUGUGAUACUUUACCCAAUCCACUAAAAUGCUCUGGUCGAGUAACGAAUUCUAGUCUAGGGAAUGAUGGGUCGUUACCUGAAAGAGAGGAGGAAGAAAGAAAUAAAUAAAAAUAGAGUACCCUCGAGAAUUUUGUUCUUGAAGCGACAAGCAAGCUUGUCGUUUUAAAAUGAAAAAUUGGCGAGAAAAAGUUCGAGGAAGAACGAGGAUCUGGCGAUUACGAGAAACUCAAAAAAAAUUCUCCGUGUACCUCGUGUCAAUUAAAUGAUAAUUAAUGCACCAAGCGCAGGCCGCUUGAAGGCGGGCCGAGUCUUUUUUUUUCUUUUUUUCUUUUGAAAGUUUUGAAGGAUUUCAAGAAGAAAAGGAAAAAAUUACAGUCCAGUUACGAAAUGCGCGACUCGCUAAUGUCAACUGUGGAAGCUCCUUGUAGUAAGGAUUACUCGCGUGACGAUGCAUAUGUGUAUGUAUGGUAUACCUAUGUACGUAGCGACUAAGUACGUAAGAGAGUUUUUCGUAAUUACCGGGACGCGCGCAACGCAUUCUCUCCGUCGCAGUCGUUUAAACGGAAAGCGUUGCGAAGCUGGCUUUAAGGGAGGACAAAAACUCGAGACUCUCCAGACUGUUUUCGCUUAGGCUUUUUAAAUCGCGCGGGCGAAUUAACAAUGGCGAACUUGAAUCAAUAGAAGCGCCAUAAUGAAUUUUUGGGAUUGUCAAAGAUUCCGAUAGAUACGACACACAGAUUACACGUAUAACUUAAUAGAAAAAAAAAGAAAAAAAACAACACAUAAUUUACUCACAGACAAAGACACAAAAACGUAAAGAAAAGGCGCUCCCGCUCUUAUAUAUUUAAAUAUACUAUAUUCUCCUUACGCACAAGAUGGCGUCGAUCGUCAAAUUCGAACGGCGAAAUUUUCACGAAUUAUCUAAUCUCGCUUCCAGUUAACGGUUUUUCGAAAUUUUCCCACUUGCGACACCCUCCGUUCGUCAAUGAUGACGAAAAUUGACUCUGGCUUGGUGGAGGGUGAUUAUAGCCGUUGAAACUCUUGCAACGGAGAGACGAGAAUGAUAAGCGUGACACGAGAGCAACAACGAACCUAAGAAGUAAUUGAAAAUUCUCUCCCAGCCUUUAGCUAGUCGACUAGCCUUAGCGCUGAACACUGACUUUUCGUCUCGCGAUUAGGCCUAAAAACUGUCUAAACGAUAAUUGGACACAUUAAUUCCAACGACACUUAUGUAAAUAAUUAUCCACUUUCUGUCCAGCCUCUAUUUCUCUCUUUUCGCUGUUCCUCGAUCCACUUUACUUCCACUACUUAAGCCCGAGCACGUUGCAUCUCACAGGCAACACUAAAAUCCCUGGAUUCACAUGAAAAAGAAAAAAAAAAAAAAUUCAAACAAUGGUUUCACUGACGAACGAAUAAAACCAACUAUGCCACAAGUA